AUGCCCCUCUGCCUCACGGUCGAGGCAAACGAGAUGUUGGCGAGGUUGUCGCCCCGCCUGUCGCUCCCUUGCCAGCUGGCCACGCCUUCCUUCGCCUUGUCCGACACCGUCCCGGCGGCAUCCAACGAUCGAGCGCCCCUCGAUGGCGUCGCCAGCGCGAUGCCCGCAUUCCCCACCGUGUCGUCGCAGCAGCAAGGCAGCAAGGACCCACCCGGCGCUUUCGCAGAAGGGAUCGCGCGGCUGUGCGGUCGAGGCGCGUCCAUACAGCCGUCGCUCUACACGACACCCUCGGCGAGCACAGCGCACACCACGACCGACGCUGGCCUGGUCGCGUCGCUCCUGGCGGGUCGCGUGGUUGGCAUGUCGAAGAGCGUGGCGGCCGCAACUGGCCUGGCCGCCAUCGACGAACUCGAGCACGAGCCACCUCGCUGGUCCGGAGAUCGGCUUGCAUCGAUCGGUGGCGAGACGCUCGUGCCCCAAUUGGCUGCCAAGCUCGGACCGAUUGACUCGGCCGCAGUUUCUCCAGCACAGCGGCAGCAGCAGAAUACUGUCUCGCACUGGCUGCAGCAGCGCUUCGGCUUCGACCGGAGCUGCAUCGUGGCGCCUUGCCUACCGUCGUCGGUCGCGGCGUUCCUCUCGUUUUUGCCCCAAGACAACGAUAUCGGGCUCGGCACCUCCUCGACGCACGACGAGAUGAUCGUACCGCUCUCGGACCCUCGGGCACUCCCGAGCCUGGACGCCCCGGCGCAGCUCCUGCCCGACCCCGUCGAUCCGUCGCGACGCUGGCUGGCCGUGGUCCGCUUCGAGGGAGCGGCAGAGGCGCGCCAGAUUGCGCGCGAUACGUCGGCGAGCGGCCGGUGGAGCACGUUUUCCAAGGUGGUCCACGCCGUGCCCUUUGGCGCCACGCCGUCGCUCGACGACAAGCGCUACGCCCUCUUUGCGCCGCGCGGCCCGCGUCGUGGCCUGCACCGCUUCGAGGCCGGAGAGGCGGUGCCGGCGUUUGGCGAUACCAGGGCCGACCCGAGGGUGGUGCUCGAGGGCCAGGCCAUGGCGAUGCGCUCCGCCCUCGAAGACAUUGCCACCUCCGCCGCUGCUGCCGCCGCUGCUGCUUCCGGUGCUGCGGACGAUGAACGUGGCGGGACUCGUCGAAGAGCAGCGACGCUGCGCCCGCAACCGCGCCGCGUCUACGGCUGGGGCAAAGCGGCGGGCGACCCAAGCGUCGCGAGCGUCGUCCGCGACGUGGUGGGCGGCUCCGUCGUCGUGGCUCGGGACGACGUCGAGAGGGCCAGCGAGACGCCCAAGCCGCUGCCGCGAGCGCGUCGGGCGAUGGUGGGAGCGGCGCUGUACGGUCUCUUUGAAGCCGAUGCGAGCAGGUUCGAUUCAUUCGAGCGCGUCGUCGAGCAGACCUACGGUCUCGCCGCACCGCACACCGACGUGCCCCUGAGCCCGACGUCGACGUCGUCCUGGACGCCACACGCAGCUAGGCGCACGCGGGUGCAACGAGAUGCAAACGGCAGGCAAGGAUCCGAGGUCGCGAUCAACGUGGACGCGCGCCGACUGGUCGAGGUGGCGGCGCCCGAUGCCGUCAUGGUCGACGUCUACUCUGCGCUCCUGGUCGAGCAUCGUCGUCUAGCCACUGUGCUCGCAAAGGCCCAGACGAGGAACGAGUCGUAG